GCAGCAUUGUGUAAAUCGUGCUUAGUGUGGCCGACACCAGAACAGGAGAAGAAGAAAGUGUUUGACUGGUGAAACACUACCUGGUUGGGUCGUGGCGCCAGCAGUAAGAUUGAAAACCAACAGAAAGGCAGUGUGUUGGGAGUUUGAUGUCUGAGCCAAACAACAUCUUCCUAAAUUUUUCAUAAAGAACAAGUGAGUCUGCAAGCCAGGAAAGAACAUGGAUGCUUCAGCAGGAGUAAAAACAUGGUUCUUGAUUUAGCUCACCUUCUGAAUCUUCGUGUUAAAAUGUGCAGUCAGGAAAAUAGCGAGCUCAGCAAGAUUUUAAAGGCUGAUGAUGAUGUCGAUGACCUCUCAGCAAGUGAUGAAUCUGAGCCUGAAGAACAACCCUGCGGUGCACCCUUUGACCCCGAACUGGACGUGGACGACGAUGACGGGGAGGUUGGGGCUGCUGUUCCAGCUGCUGGACAAAAAACCUUCAGUCUGAAAGGAGGGAGCUCGGGUUUCUCAAGCCGCAGCCACAGCAUCUUUGACUGCCUGGACAGUGUUGCCAAGCUGGCCUCCUCAUCAUUAGGCCAGGACAACGUUAUAGACGGAGUGUUUGCUCGGCCUCUGCCUCCAGCCCCCAGCCGCAAGACGAGCCAGCCUCCGCCUAGCAGCUCCACACCAGCAAAGAAGAGAGGAGUACCAGACUACCUAGUGAACCCGGAUCGCUGGACCCACUACAGCCUGGAGGAUGUGGCUGAGACCAGUGACCGAGGCAACAGCAGGGUGGCCCACCAGUACCUGGCCAGCCUGCAACAGAAGAAAGAAGAGCCACAGCCCGACAGCCAGGGUGAUUCCUUCUGUAGCACCCAGCAGAAGAUCAUCUUCUCCAAGCCCAGCCAUCUGGCCAAGAAGCCUGCUGAUGAGUCAUCAGCUGUUAGAGGCCAGGAGAAAGGGAUGCGCCUCAGUCACCUGGAGGAAGAGGAAGAUGAGUACGCAGUGGGGAAGGAGAAAAAGAAGACUGUAGGACGGAGAACAGAUGAGUGCAAAGAGGAAAGUGUAAGAGGGAAGGAUGAGGUUAAACAGACCAGGGCAGCCAUCGGUCAACCAGAGGCUGAGGAAAAGGAAAAGAAACGUGUUCAAAAAGAAAGAGGUGUGGACGAGGAGGAGGAAGUGGAAGAGAAGAAAGAACAGGCCAACCCCAGCUUUGCCUCCUUUAGAAAGAUGAACCAGAAGAACUACAGGAAGAGCUCACGGCAAGAGGACUGAGGAUAGCAGGCCUGGUGCCUCACAACCACACCACCAUACGAUUCUGUCACUUCUUCUGCCAUUGUAAAAAGCUAUGCCCCUCAUCACACAACUGCUCCAUAUUUGAAAAACUGUCCAGUCAAAUCUUAAAAGUCCAAUUUAGAAAAUGUUGCAGCUCUACUGUACUGUACUCAUACAGCGUCUUAGUUGUGUCAACAAAUCUCUGAGUCGCAGAAAUGAUUCUCUGGUCCUCAGUGUCAGUUCAUAAAUGCAAACACUACAAGGUCAUAUAUCAUCAUCGUUAUGGCUUAUUAAGUUUCAGAUUUGAUUUAUAAGGGUGUCCAUUUAAUUUUAGGCCACUUGUCUGUGUUGAAACAAAUCCUUCAGCACAAUGUUGAACUAUUUGGUAUGUCAAGACAUCCCUUAAACACAGCUUACAGUGAUGGACUGAGGAGACAUUUGGGUAGUGGACCAGUUAGUUUUUAUUUUUAGUGGAGGAACCAACAUCACUUGGUCAAGGGAAGGGAGCUUUGAAACAGUAUAGGAAUUUUAACACUGUUGGUCAUUAAUUUGUAUUUGAUUUUUAUUCCUUGUUGCAUAUUUUGAUUUUUGGAAUACCUUGGAUCUUGAAUAAAAAAUAUUGA